AUUUGUAGGGCACGCAUGUUAUGUUCUGGCCAUCUAUAUUUGAUUUUAGAAAUAUCUGCUCCCAGUUUUCUUUCCAAGAGUCAUCGCAUCUCCUGAGAGGUCCAAGAUGGGCUUCCUGGAACCUCGGUGUUUUUAUUUGUAUCAGGUGUGCAGGAAUCCACCGAAACCUCGCUGUGGAUAUAUCCCGAGUGAAAUCGGUUAACUUGGAUCAGAGGAUACCAGAACAGAUACAGUGUGUGCAAGACAUGGAAAGACGUUUCUAUGAAGCACACCUUCCUGAACAUUUCCGGAGACCUCAGACUGACCAAGCUGUAGAAUUUUUCAUCAGGGACAAGUAUGAGAAAAAGAAAUAUCUGGAUAAAAAUGCAUACAGUGGAAUCACAAUAACCACCUGUGAUGUUGCUGCACCCUUGCCAUCAUCUCCCUCUUUAUCAAAUACUGCUGAGAAGAGCAAACUAGAGAGAGAAAAGGACAUAUGGAAAGAUGAAAAGAAAAGGGGAAAAUACCAAGAGAAACCUAUUGCUUUAGAAAAAGUAAAAAUGUCUCCUCCGCAUGCUGUGGUUUUGCCUCCAAGUACCCUCAACCUAACUGGAGAAGACCUUCAUACAGAGAAGGGAUGUGUUGUUUCUGAAGCUGUAAAAGACCAAGUGGAUACUAGAAUGACCCCUCACAAGGUAGCACAGUGCACCAUCGAUCUGUUAGGGCUGGAUAUUCCAAUUGAAGCUCCUGUUGCUAUUGGCAGUGCCACUUCGAGUACAAGCUUGAAGGAUGAUCUUGAUAUGUUUGGCCCUAUGGUUUCCAAUCGUCUUCCAAAAUCAGAUUUGCAGCUGCAUCAGCCCAUUCCCACAAAACCAACAGGAGGAGCCUUACCUGUGCCAGCAGAUCUUGAUUUUUUCACUGAGCCAACUACAAAAUCAGAGGACUCUGCUAAGAAGCCAUUAUCCAAGGAUUCUAUCUUAUCUUUGUAUGGUACAGGAUCAAUGCAACAACAACAACAACAAAGCACUCCAGCUGCUGUGUACAUGGCACCUUCUUCGAUGUCGUAUGUCUCUCACCCUGCAGCUAGCUAUCCAAAUUUCCCUAACCUUGGAGCACCUUUGCCAGCUCCCACUGGGAUGAUGGGACAAUCGGCUGGAAUGGUGGGCCAGCCGGCAGGGAUGGUGGUUGGCUUUGGAAUGGCAAAUGAAUUUAUGGGUAAUACGCAAACCAGUGCUGUCAGAGUUCCGGAGAAUAUGAUGGCUCCCCAAGCAGGAAAUGUGGGAAAUUCACACAGUAUGCAACAAAGCCAGCAAAUGCAGUGGAAUCUCAGUCAGGUGAAUCAGCAGAUGGCUGGGAUGAAUCUACAUUGCCCAAGUGGUGUAAUGAGCUUCAGUCAAGCUGCAGGCACAAUGGGAGGAUGGACAGGCAAACCAACAGGACAGACUCUUAGUACUCAGUUGUGGAAAUGAAACAAAGCAAGAGCUGAAGCCACCAUCCUGCAGUCAUCCAUCAUUUGAAUUGCAUAACAGACAUUUGUUGUUUUAUUGAUGCAAAAGGAAAUACUUUGGUUUGACUGCUUAAUGUUACAAACUUGAUCUAUUCUUGGCAGUUUAUUGGUUGAUUCAAUCAAAUGAAGUCAUUCCCUGCUUAAACUGUGGAGUACUAGUUUCAGAUGUUUUCUUCCGCUCACUAUUUUUCUAAAAUGUAUUCAUCACGUGCUGUCCGAACUGUUCAUAAUAAAUUGUAAUGGUAUUGUAUGUGACUUUGUAGCUAGUACUUGUACUGCUAAGAAAGAAAGUGAAUUGUCAUUUUGGCAGCCUCCCUCUGGAAAUCCAGUACCCUCUAAUUAUAAUCACCUGAACUCUGUAGAAGAAAUUGUAUGAGCUGCUGAGUUAAAUUACUAGGUGUAAGUGAGUUUAAAAAGCAUUUCCUGAAUUACCAUUUUAUUGCUUUCGUUCCAAAUAUUUUUCUUUGUGCUGAUGUUAUGAUGUGGAGCAAAUAAAAGGAAGCAAAAUUAGAAGAAAAAUAAAUCUGGAUGGUAGAUGGUAAGUGUCUUGGACUUUUGUUUGGGUUUAAAUCCCAGGAAUUGAAAACAACGUAUAUGUUGCAACUCAGGUUUGAACUGUUUUACUGCAAAUGGUAAAUUACCUAUUCUAAGCCGGCAACCCUAGAGGUACUCUAUACUUUUAUUGCAUGCUAAUUUGUCAGUAUAUUACUUGCUUUCACCACACUUUCCUCUUUGAAAAAGUUUAGCAGUAUGUUGAUUUAAGUAUUAAAACACUGCUAAUAUCAACUAUGUAAUGCAAACUGUCAAAAGUGACAAUUCAAUUUGUUGCAAGGUCCUGACAUAACUAAGUAACACAUAACCUUGAGUGUCUGCUGUAAACCGUCUAUUUGAAGUAAAUCUUCAGUAAUGCUGCUAGGAAUUAUUAAUGCGUUGGGAGUUUUCAAUACCAUUAUAAUCUGUAACUGAUAACUUUAUAAGUACCCUCUACAUGCUUUCGGUGUUGCUUCUAAUGUUAGUUUAUUUUGCCACCUGUCCUAGAACAGUUCACGCACAAUGUGACAACAUAUGUUAGCUCAAUUAGCGUCAUAAGUCUGGGGCGGCACAGUGCCUCAGUGGUUAGCACUGCUGCCUCACAGCACCAGGGACCCAGGUUUGAUUCCACCCUUGGGGAACUAUCCGUGUGGAGUUUGCAUCUUCUGUCUGUGUCUGCAUGGUUUCCUCCGGGUACUCUGGUUUCCUCCCACUGUAUAAAAAUGUGCAAGCUAGGUGGAUUGGCCAUGCUAAAUUGCCCGUAGUGUUCAGGGAUGUGUCAAUUAGGGUGGUUAUAGGAGAAUGGAUCUGAGUGAGAAUCUGUGUAGGUCAGUGUGGACUUGUUGGGCUGAAGGGCCUAUUUCCACACUGUAGGGAUUCUAUAAACAGUGUUCUGAGUUUGUCUUCAAUUGUUUGAACUAAUUGUGAUUGAGUAUGUAGGUCUUUGAAAAGGCAAGCGAAAAAAUAUUUUUACAAAGUGUUUUUGCUCCUUCAUGUUUUACUAUUGUCACCAAUCACUAGCUCAGCUGAGAAAUCUCCCUGAGGAGGGAAGCUUUAGAUAAUACGUUGAUGCAGCAGCAGAACAAUUGAGACAAAAUGCUCGUGCUCACCAGCCUUUAAUUUGCUGUCAAAAGCAGAAAAAAUUUGUGUUAUCACAGGAGAUUUGAAUUUCUAUCCCUUAAUAAUCUAAAAUAUUAUUGAUGUACAUCACACCAAACUGUUCCACAAUAAACAGUUUAUGGCUCUGUAUUCAUUUGUUUUACAAUCGCCUUACUAGUGGUUGACAAAUGUUCAAACCUGUAAUUGUAAUGUAAAUAACAUUUUUUUUUCAUAGCUUUUGAGUUUUCUAUCUUUGUUAAACCUUAAUGGCUACUUAAUAACAGGUGCUUAAAGCAUUAUUGGCUAAAUGAGCCAAACAUGAACAUGGUAACUGUGUGCGUAGUGCUCGCCAUAUCCUUGAGUUCCCCUUGAGCUACAUCCAGGUUUAUUUCCACAGUUGUGUUUACAUAUAUGGUGCCUAGUAUAGCAAGUAUGUUAUUUCACUGUAUUAAUUCAAUUAAACUGCAAUCUGUUGUGCA